GUCUGUGCCUGCCUGUGUGUGCUGCUGUUGCUGUCAUCACAGAUGUACCCCCAGCUGUCACUCCAUUGCCCCGGCUCUUUCGCUUGAGCACACGCGUUCUCUCCCUCUCCCUCUCUCGGUUUGUUAUUGACCCAGGAGCCCCAUCCCCCUUGCAUGCUGAAAACCCGUCAUUCCGCCUGCCCGUGCUGCGUGCUGUGUGCCAGUGUCCUGGUCCUGUGGCAAGGGUGCCGACUGAGGCUGCCGGGUCGGAGAAGACCCCGGGAUCAAGUCUGACUCGGCUCGGAUUUUUCCAGGGAUCCCGGCAAGGUUUCCCUGGAAGGUUUAGCUGCCGGAUCUGAGGAGACUGCAGACCAGUUGGACGAAGCACCAGUGUGCAGCUGCUGCAGCAUGAACCCCCUAAGCUGAUGAACCUUAUUAUAGAUUUGUUUGCGGAAGACAGCACAUUCCAGUUCACCUCCAAAGCGACAAGGGGAACUAGAGGCUGUCCCUGGGCCACGCCUCUGCCCCCCCCUUUCCAGCUGAAGCCCUGGGCAGGGCUGGAUUACUGCCACCUCAAUGCACAUGGACUGACAGGCAGGACAAACGAGGGCUCUCCUGUCUCCAAAGACACCAGGAACCAAGAGAAACUUCAGGGCUCAGCAUCAUGCUGGCACUGGGCAUUGGUCAGUGGUGGAAGAGCAAGCUUUCCCUGAGGUGGAGACAGAUCUCCUGGAUUGCCUGCUGGAUUUCCCUAUAUGCUGCAGAGACUCUCCCCACCUGCCCUUUCUCCUGUAAAUGUGACAGCCAAAGCUUGGAAGUGGAUUGCAGUGGCUUGGGGCUCUCCACAGUGCCUCCAGACGUGCCUGCUGCUACCCGUACCCUUUUACUCUUGAACAACAAGUUGAACAUUCUUCCUAGUUGGGUUUUCUCCAAUCUGUCAAGCCUUCAGAGGCUGGAUCUGUCCAACAAUUUCCUGGACCAGCUGCCUCAUGCUGUAUUUGGGGACCUGGUGAACCUAACUGAACUCCAACUUCGCAAUAACAGCAUAAGGACCCUGGACAGGGACCUCCUGCAGCACGCACCCCUCCUUCGACACCUGGACCUGUCCAUCAAUGGCUUGGCGCAACUGCCCCCUGGUGUCUUUGAUGGACUCCUGGCACUACGUUCUCUCUCGCUCCGGUCCAACCGCUUGCAAAACCUCGAUCGGGUGACAUUUGAACCCCUUGUGAGCCUGCAGUUGCUUCAGGUUGGGGACAAUCCCUGGGAAUGUGACUGUAACUUGCGAGAGUUCAAGCACUGGAUGGAAUGGUUCUCCUAUCGUGGGGGACGCCUAGACCAGCUGGCCUGUACGAUGCCCAAAGAACUGAGAGGGAAAGACAUGCGAAUGGUUCCCAUGGAGAUGUUCAACUAUUGCUCUCAGCUGGGGGAGAGCAGCUCAGCCGGCUUGGAAGUGUCGGGGCCUCCCUGUACCAAGGCCAGCCUGGACCCUGUUAAACCCAAGCCCGGGGCUGAGCCAGAACCGGAGCCCAGCACAGCCUGCCCCCAGAAACAGCGGUAUCGGCCGGUCAGCGUCCGUCGGGCCAUCGGGACUGUCAUCAUUGCCGGUGUGGUCUGUGGCAUUGUCUGUAUCAUGAUGGUUGUGGCUGCUGCCUAUGGAUGCAUUUACGCCUCCCUCAUGGCCAAGUACCACCGGGAGCUGAAGAAGCGCCAGCCGCUGAUGGGUGACCCGGAGGGGGAGCAGGAGGAUCAGAAGCAGAUCUCCUCUGUGGCAUGAGACUUCCCCACCCCAUCUGGCCUCAGGAGGAAGGGCUGGGAAAGAAAGCCAGGGACUUUUAGCAAGCCCCUGUCACAGGCAGCUCUCCGGCACCCCUUCCUCUCCGCCCUGAGAUUCUGUGGUUCGGUUCCCCUCUCAGUCUGAUCACAGAACACUGCUCGCCUCAGUCCCACCUUCCUCCUCCACCCUUCCAGGCAGAGACCAAACAAGAAGCCUUGGGAUUUCUCUGGAAACUCUCCCGGCUUGCUCCCUCGUCAGAAGUUUGUGGGUAUUUCCCAAAGGUUCUGGCUGAUUAAGAAGACCAGAUCCAGGCAGAGGGGAAGCUUCUGGUGAAGAAGGGAGGCCAUGGGGUUUUUAUCUUCCUCUCACUCUUCCGGGUGAAGCCAUGGCUGUGAUUCUCCCAGCAUUUUUUCUCGAAGAUGCUGGAGGAAUGGAGUCAUGGGAACUGGGGUCAGAGGAAACUUUCUGCUAAUCCUUCUUGUAGGGCUGCAGAGAUAAAACUGAUUCCAUCUUUAGGCUCUGGUACAGCCACAGGAACACACCUACCCUACUCUUAUGAAUACGACAAUGAGUCUAUACCUAUUUCUUAUGCUGCAAAUGUAGUUAUGACCCUUAAAUCUGGUCACCAUCUUCAAACAUUCCCUCCCCUCACUGCCUCUGAAUUCACAAAGACAAAUUCACGUACUCAUAGCAAUAUCAACAGAACUGUAUUGAUUUAGGAGUCUCCACACAGGACAGAUUCAUGCAUACACAUUCACACAGAGACAGACACCCGGAAUCUUCCUAUAGCUGAGAUGUCACUUCCCCACAACAGAUAGUCAGCUGUUCAACUGUAGAAUCCCUGCUUACUGCAGCCUUCUACAGCCAAUGGGGGAGAGAAACCCAAAUCCAACAGCACAAGGAUUCUUUUGCUAUAUCUGCUAAAGUGGGAUAAAGUAUUGUUUCUGGACCAGAUUGCCUAUCACCAUGGUAACCAGCUCGAACCUAGCGUGUUGGAUAUUCUGGGGACACCUGCCCCAGGGCUUCAAAGCUGUAGUACUUGUGGCUGGUGCAAUACUAGGAACUCAGACUCACAUCCCAGAAUACUUAUUCAGUUCAGAGCCCACAUGGAGCAGCGCUGCUAGGUCACAGUUAGGACACUCACUUCUGCAUAUGGCAACCCAGUUUUCCCUCUAGAGCCUGAAUUCUGAGGAGGGAAACUAGUCUGGAUCAUCCUUGGACAAUGCUGUUUGGCCUGGGGAACACCCUUUUGGUGGUGGUGGGGAAGCAGGGGCAUGGACCUGGGAGAGUGAGUGUCUGGCAGAGAGAAUAAUGUUCCUCCCGGAAACUCACUGCCAGCCAGAGUGCCCCAGGGGAUAUUCCCCUUCCGAUCCCUUCUGGUGCUUGGAGAUGGGUGCAUUCCUAUUCCAGGCAUAGGUAAGCAUGGAUCCACUGGGAAAUCCGUCUGCUUGGUCCUGUUCCCCAGAGUCUUUAAUUACAACUAAACUGAGGACCAGAAUCUGAGCCAGGAACCUACAGAUUUGGAUUCUAAAUGUAGCCAAUAGUAAUGGGAUAAAUAAGAUAUAUGUCAUACUAAGAGGUGUGAGUAGAGUUGGAAUGGAAGAGGAGGGUUGUGGAGGAAUUGUGGGAACCCUAAUAUUUCUCCCUGGUUUUCCUCCUCUCCUUUCUUCUUCUUCCUUCUCAUCAUGCAUUUGAUGGCAAGUAAUGUUUUUCAUCAUGCCCUGGGAAUACCUUGAUCUAAGCUUUUUAGAUCAGUGGUUUCCCAAGGAAUAUCUGAGGGGCUGGAAGGCACCCAACUGGUUUCUGGUUCUAAUGGGGUGUCUUAGGAGAACAAUAAAGGAAGAACUCCAGCUAAAGCACAGGCAAGAAGAGGGAGGGGAAGAGAUGGAAGGGUAAGACUGGGCUGGUCCUGGCUGCCUUUUAUCCACUCCCCCAACUCUGCAUAUGUAGACCAUUGGGGGGAAAAAAGCAACGAGAUGUAAGAUGGGUAUGGUGGAGAAGACAUCUUUGAGAAGGUGCUUCUCCCAGUUAAGCUGGGGAGUGGAUACCACUGGUAUAAACUCAACAGGUCAACCCUUCACUUGGGUAGGUGGGCCUUCCCUCUUCUUCAUGGGCUGGCAGUAGACCUGAUUGUUGUUAUUAUUGUUUUUAAUAGGGGUGCAGGGGUGGGGGAGGGGAUUCAAAAUGGUGGUGUCUUCAGCAUAAGGCAGGAGAUUUUUAAAGGCAAAAUUAUAUUUCUUGUUUGUUGUUUCAGAAGAACAAUAAAGACUGUAUUUUCCUAUA